AUGAUGUUCCUGUGCCAUGUUAAGGCAACUCAUAUCACCGACUACUCCGAGGUCUCUGGAUUUUACGGUCCGGGUACAUUCUGGGCUUGGAUUCUUGUCUGCGCCAUGGCUUUCGGUCCCAAUGAAGGCCGUGUGCUUCUCAGGCACAUUUGGUCAGGUCCUAUCGUGGGCCUCGAGCAUGCUUGCAUUUUCGACCCGGACAUUCGUGACCUGCCACUCCCACAAGACAUGGAAGAGGGGUCCGGUGAGAGCAGCGGUCGUGACUCGGACACCAGACAUGAGAUCGACCGUGAGAAACUUUGCAGGUUGCGAAGGCUCCUUGAUGGUAUCUUCUGUGUCGCUUUUGCAAAGAAAGAAGGGAAGCCAAAGUGGACAACAGAAUUUGUCCGCCGUUUCCUUCGAGGCUCUGACAUCUCUCUAUGGCAUCACUACCCUCAUUAUAUUUCAAUUACAGAACUCACCCAUCUACUGCAUAAGGAUUACGAGAAGGCCACAGGCCAACGAGCUGAGAUGAUUCUGAAUCUUUAUUCUCGUUUGGAUAUGUCACUCUCCAAAUACCAAAGUGGAUUUGUCGAAUACCAUUCACGAGGGUCUAUCGAUACAGAUGGUCUUUAUUAUCUCUUCUUCGAGGAAAUUUCCACUGCGUUCCCGUGGUUGCAGAUGGAGUUUGAUGAUUUUCACCAUCAUCUGAUUGAUCUCCGCAACCGAUUCCAAUACCUGCAAUACCGAAGAGAACUGCGAGAGCUUUCACCUCGUCUGGAUGCAAACACUUGUGCCGCAGUUGCAUAUCCCCUGAUUGCGUGCUACACGUUCCCUUCCAAAACCAGCGCUGGGAAGCCCAAGAUGAAGCAGUAG